AUGGCGUCUGAUGGUGAAAUUUCAUGUACGACUGAUCCCAAUUUCGCUGUUAUUUACUCAUUUUUGAAAGUUUUCGGUAAACUGUACGGGUUAGAAAUACCUACGAUAGCUAAACUGCAAGAAUUGAUUGAAAAUACUCAAGAAGUGUUGGAUCCGUUAAAAGAGUUACAUAUAAGGUUGUUACGGCGAGCGCUUAAGUCCAUUCAGGUUAAUCGUUGGGAGAGAGCCUUGAUAAAAUUCUGUCACCAACAAAGAUAUCAUCAGGAAGCUUGGGAAAUAGAGAGGUUUUCUUACAAGAAAGCUAGCACUCAGGUUAAGUUGAGAAUAUUGAAGUUACUCUUUGAAUACCAAUUCACUUGUCAUCCAAAGUUUAAAAAUGCGGUAAAUGCAAUAUCAAGUAAAGAUCUCAGACUUGAUCCUAUUGGUAGAGAUAAAAAUGGUUGUGUAUACUGGCUGCAGGUUGAUCAUGAAGCUAACUUAUGUUUGUAUAAAGAAGAUCAGGAUGAGGAGACAUGGCAGUUAAUUGCAAGCAAUCGAGAAGAAUUUGUCAAAAUUAUUGGUCAGUUGAAAAGUGGUGAAGAAACAUCUCAACCAAUAGGGAAUGAUGAUUCCAGCAGUGCCGAUAUUCCAACACAGAUGGAGGCUAGUAAAUCGGAAGCUGAGGAAGACAAUGAAGAAGAGUUCUUAAGUCCUGAAUCUGAGUCUGAAAAUGAGAGUGAUGAUCAUAAUAUUGAAAAAUGUGGAGCAGAGAAGAAGACAGAAACCACAAAAGAUACAGAAACAGAAGAAGAUAAACUCGUAGCAGUAAACAAUUUAAACGGUAAAGGAGACAGUGGGAAAAGAAAAGCAGAAAGUGAUUCUAAAGAAGAUUCAUCAAAUAGCCCUGAGGAAAAUUCAAACAACAGAGAUGAAUCUGAAAAAUAUGAGAAAGAUGAAGUUGGUGAAGAGAUAGAAGAACCUCUUAUGAUUAUUAAAGGGGAGGGUAAUGGAGUGGAUUGUGAAAGUUCCUACAUUAUUGGUGAAGAGAUAUCAGAACCUGUAAUGUUUAUUUAUGGAGAUGGUUGGGGAUAUGACAAUUGCACUGGAAACCCUGAAGCAAUAGAACAAGCAAAUAAUACUGAAUUACAAGAAAAUUCAGAUGUAGAUAAUGCUAGUGAGGAAUGUGUUAAUGGAGGUCAUACUAACAAUGUAAAAAAAUGUAGUAAUAGAAUUAGAUUAAAUAAAAGUGUUAAAUUAAGAAAUAGGCUACCAUCAGUUACAAAAAGGUCUUUGCGGAAACAAUCCAAUGAUAAUACUGAUGUUUUAAAGUCGGAUUCAAAAAAACACUGUGUGCGAAACUUAGACAAAUCGAAUGGCUCCAAUUCAAAUGCAACAAGUAGUGAAAGGGAAUUGAGAAGAGACAACAGUGUACAUGAUAAAAGUACUGAUUGUGAAAGUUCAAGUAAAAUUAAGGAAAAAAAGGGAAUAGUGAAAGUUAAAAAAAGAGAGAGCACAAGGAAACUAAGAAAAAAUAAAGAAAUUGUGAACUCUUUAUCAGAAACUAAAAGUCACGGAAAUAGUAAAUCCAGUAUUAUAGAAAAAAGAAAGAGUAGCGUAUCGUCCGAACAUGAAGAGACAGAAAAUGUUGAAAAUGUUAAAGAUGAAAGUUCAGAUAAAGAAACAAAGGUAGAGGAUACCUUACCUCUAAAAAAAAUUCGCUUAGAACCGGCACCAGAACCUGAUGAUGUAUCACAUUCCAAUACUCAUGAUGUAGAUAAUACCAAAAUUGAAAAUAUUGAAAAUAAUGAUGUUAAUUCGGAAAAUGACAAAGAUUCUAUUUCAACGAGAAAGAAAAUUAAAGCUGUUAAAGGUAAAUUAAAGGGUAAAAAGUUUUUUCAAAAUAAAAUACAAAAUAGUCAAGUAGUUAAAGAUAAUGAUAAGGUAGAAGUUAGUGAUAACAAAAGCAGCAAAGCAUUAAAGAGAAGUUUAUUAAACACCACAGUAAAUGACAAAAGUAAUAAAUCUGAAUCUCAGAGUGAAAGCGAAGAAGAAGAACCAGUGACAAGUGGAAAGCGGUUAAAAAUAAAACCAAAAAAAAUUAUGACUGCAUCAAGAAAAAAAGUUGAAGCCAAACUAAUGACAAAAUGUUCCAGCGAAUCAGAAGAGGAGACAUUGUACAGUUUAGGUAAAAAAGCAAACAAACGGGUGUUAAAGAAAAAGUCAAAGUCAAAAGAAAAAGAGAAACCGAAAGCUACUAGUACAAAUCCAGCAGAUAAUGACAAUCCCGUGCGUCAGUCUAGAAGAAUAGCACAAAUGAAAAUAAAAGAGGAAGCAGAGAGAAGGCAUUUGGAAGAGGUUGCAUUAAGGGAGCUCAAAAUGAUUCAUAAAAAGAAGAACAAGGACGACGAGGAGGAGUGGCGUGCAAGUGGCAGCAGUUCUGAUGGCGAAGCCGCCCGCUCCCGUAGGAAGACAUCCGCCUGGCGGGCUUCGGACUCCACUGGUCCAGAGCCUGAUUCAGAAUCAGAUGAACCUCUCUUUGAACAUCCUGAAGAGCCUGACUUGGAAUCUGCAAAAUCGGAUCAUGAGUUUUCACCAGAAUCUGAUUUGGAGGAUGGAGAACCAGCCGAGCCUCUAAAAUUAGCGCGCACUCUACAAGAAGGAAAAGACGAUGGGUUCUGUAAACGCUGUGGAAGCGGCGAGCAGCCAGAAUGGAUCCUAUUGUGUGACAAAUGUGACGCGGGAUAUCAUGCCAGUUGCCUAAAGCCCAUGCUGCUGCUUGUGCCUGAAGGUGACUGGUACUGCCCGCCCUGCAACCAUGAAAAGCUUAUUUCAGCUCUUGAGGAAGAACUAGUGAAAUAUGAUCAACUCCUUGCCAAUGUAGAAGUAGAGCGAGAACGUAGCCGGAUUGAGCAGUUGACGAAGGCUGAUGAUGAAUCUGUGUUAGAGGAUAGCCAAAAACUAGAAGAGAAGUCUGAUGAUAAGUUGGAUGAUAAAUCUGAUGAGCAAUCAGGUCACGGCAGUGGCAGUGGCAGCGGCUGGUCGUCGUCGUGGUCGGGCGCCGUGUACCGGCUGCGCGCGCGCCGCCAGCUGCCCGUCAGCUACCGCGCGCAGGAGUACGACCGCCUCAUCAGCUCCGCCAUCAAGGAAGAAUACGUGGAACCGACAACCAGCGCAGGCAAUCAAGGUCGUGGAAAGGACAUAUCCACCAUAAUAGAAGCCGCUGAAGAGGAGAAGCUCAAGGCUGAAAGAGAGGCACGGGAGCAGGGUAAACCGGUUGAGGCUAAGAAACAUAAGAAGAAACAACGACGUAAACCAAGAAAGCUUAAUUCUCUGGAUGUUCCGUCUGAAGAUGAUGAUGAGACUGAUGAAGACUUUAAAGACACAGGGAUGGAAUCGACUUCUGAAGACAUAUCAUCAUCAGCAGAACGGGAAUCUAGGUCUUCCGACUCUUUGCCUAUCAGACGGACAGGAAGAUCUGAUAAGAAAGAACGACAUAAAUUAGCGGAGUCGUCGCCAGAGGUCAAGAAAAAAAAGAAAGGUGUAUUAGAGGACAGUUCUAGUGAAUCUGCGGGCAUCAAGAAAAGGUCUAAAAAGUCGAAGUCGCGCAAGCGUCGCGACAAGCUGACGCAGUACGACGCGGCGGGCAAUGUGAUUCGCGCGCGAGUUUUGUAUGGCGGCCUCGACGAGUCCAACGACUGCUCCAACGACUGGUCGCCUAAGCACCGCACGCGCCAGCGCAAGAUCGACUACACCGAGAUGCCCAACACAGAAUCCGAGGACGAGAUGCACAAGUCGAGCGGCAAGCACAUGGCGGACAGCUCGGACGAGUUCCGCGUGGACGAGUGGGAGUCGUCGUCCGGCUCCGAGCGCGCCAAGCGGCGCCGCGACUCCGGCGACGAGCGCCAGCGCGCGCUCACUCACCUCGUCAGCAAGACCGCCGUGGUGCCGCUCGAGAAGCUGCCCGAGAGCGUCACCAGGGAAAAGACCGAGCAGCUGCAAGCGCAUCUCAGUGAGUACAGUCCGCAGAGCGCUCUGCUCACGCACACACACCUCGUCAGCAAGACCGCCGUGGUGCCGCUCGAGAAGCUGCCCGAGAGCGUCACCAGGGAAAAGACCGAGCAGCUGCAAGCGCAUCUCAGUGAGUACAGUCCGCAGAGCGCUCUGCUCACGCACACACACCUCGUCAGCAAGACCGCCGUGGUGCCGCUCGAGAAGCUGCCCGAGAGCGUCACCAGGGAAAAGACCGAGCAGCUGCAAGCGCAUCUCAGUGAGUACAGUCCGCAGAGCGCUCUGCUCACGCACACACACCUCGUCAGCAAGACCGCCGUGGUGCCGCUCGAGAAGCUGCCCGAGAGCGUCACCAGGGAAAAGACCGAGCAGCUGCAAGCGCAUCUCAGUGAGUACAGUCCGCAGAGCGCUCUGCUCACGCACACACACCUCGUCAGCAAGACCGCCGUGGUGCCGCUCGAGAAGCUGCCCGAGAGCGUCACCAGGGAAAAGACCGAGCAGCUGCAAGCGCAUCUCAGUGAGUACAGUCCGCAGAGCGCUCUGCUCACGCACACACACCUCGUCAGCAAGACCGCCGUGGUGCCGCUCGAGAAGCUGCCCGAGAGCGUCACCAGGGAAAAGACCGAGCAGCUGCAAGCGCAUCUCAGUGAGUACAGUCCGCAGAGCGCUCUGCUCACGCACACACACCUCGUCAGCAAGACCGCCGUGGUGCCGCUCGAGAAGCUGCCCGAGAGCGUCACCAGGGAAAAGACCGAGCAGCUGCAAGCGCAUCUCAGUGAGUACAGUCCGCAGAGCGCUCUGCUCACGCACACACACCUCGUCAGCAAGACCGCCGUGGUGCCGCUCGAGAAGCUGCCCGAGAGCGUCACCAGGGAAAAGACCGAGCAGCUGCAAGCGCAUCUCAGUGAGUACAGUCCGCAGAGCGCUCUGCUCACGCACACACACCUCGUCAGCAAGACCGCCGUGGUGCCGCUCGAGAAGCUGCCCGAGAGCGUCACCAGGGAAAAGACCGAGCAGCUGCAAGCGCAUCUCAGUGAGUACAGUCCGCAGAGCGCUCUGCUCACGCACACACACCUCGUCAGCAAGACCGCCGUGGUGCCGCUCGAGAAGCUGCCCGAGAGCGUCACCAGGGAAAAGACCGAGCAGCUGCAAGCGCAUCUCAGUGAGUACAGUCCGCAGAGCGCUCUGCUCACGCACACACACCUCGUCAGCAAGACCGCCGUGGUGCCGCUCGAGAAGCUGCCCGAGAGCGUCACCAGGGAAAAGACCGAGCAGCUGCAAGCGCAUCUCAGUGAGUACAGUCCGCAGAGCGCUCUGCUCACGCACACACACCUCGUCAGCAAGACCGCCGUGGUGCCGCUCGAGAAGCUGCCCGAGAGCGUCACCAGGGAAAAGACCGAGCAGCUGCAAGCGCAUCUCAGUGAGUACAGUCCGCAGAGCGCUCUGCUCACGCACACACACCUCGUCAGCAAGACCGCCGUGGUGCCGCUCGAGAAGCUGCCCGAGAGCGUCACCAGGGAAAAGACCGAGCAGCUGCAAGCGCAUCUCAGUGAGUACAGUCCGCAGAGCGCUCUGCUCACGCACACACACCUCGUCAGCAAGACCGCCGUGGUGCCGCUCGAGAAGCUGCCCGAGAGCGUCACCAGGGAAAAGACCGAGCAGCUGCAAGCGCAUCUCAGUGAGUACAGUCCGCAGAGCGCUCUGCUCACGCACACACACCUCGUCAGCAAGACCGCCGUGGUGCCGCUCGAGAAGCUGCCCGAGAGCGUCACCAGGGAAAAGACCGAGCAGCUGCAAGCGCAUCUCAGUGAGUACAGUCCGCAGAGCGCUCUGCUCACGCACACACACCUCGUCAGCAAGACCGCCGUGGUGCCGCUCGAGAAGCUGCCCGAGAGCGUCACCAGGGAAAAGACCGAGCAGCUGCAAGCGCAUCUCAGUGAGUACAGUCCGCAGAGCGCUCUGCUCACGCACACACACCUCGUCAGCAAGACCGCCGUGGUGCCGCUCGAGAAGCUGCCCGAGAGCGUCACCAGGGAAAAGACCGAGCAGCUGCAAGCGCAUCUCAGUGAGUACAGUCCGCAGAGCGCUCUGCUCACGCACACACACCUCGUCAGCAAGACCGCCGUGGUGCCGCUCGAGAAGCUGCCCGAGAGCGUCACCAGGGAAAAGACCGAGCAGCUGCAAGCGCAUCUCAGUGAGUACAGUCCGCAGAGCGCUCUGCUCACGCACACACACCUCGUCAGCAAGACCGCCGUGGUGCCGCUCGAGAAGCUGCCCGAGAGCGUCACCAGGGAAAAGACCGAGCAGCUGCAAGCGCAUCUCAGUGAGUACAGUCCGCAGAGCGCUCUGCUCACGCACACACACCUCGUCAGCAAGACCGCCGUGGUGCCGCUCGAGAAGCUGCCCGAGAGCGUCACCAGGGAAAAGACCGAGCAGCUGCAAGCGCAUCUCAGUGAGUACAGUCCGCAGAGCGCUCUGCUCACGCACACACACCUCGUCAGCAAGACCGCCGUGGUGCCGCUCGAGAAGCUGCCCGAGAGCGUCACCAGGGAAAAGACCGAGCAGCUGCAAGCGCAUCUCAGUGAGUACAGUCCGCAGAGCGCUCUGCUCACGCACACACACCUCGUCAGCAAGACCGCCGUGGUGCCGCUCGAGAAGCUGCCCGAGAGCGUCACCAGGGAAAAGACCGAGCAGCUGCAAGCGCAUCUCAGUGAGUACAGUCCGCAGAGCGCUCUGCUCACGCACACACACCUCGUCAGCAAGACCGCCGUGGUGCCGCUCGAGAAGCUGCCCGAGAGCGUCACCAGGGAAAAGACCGAGCAGCUGCAAGCGCAUCUCAGUGAGUACAGUCCGCAGAGCGCUCUGCUCACGCACACACACCUCGUCAGCAAGACCGCCGUGGUGCCGCUCGAGAAGCUGCCCGAGAGCGUCACCAGGGAAAAGACCGAGCAGCUGCAAGCGCAUCUCAGUGAGUACAGUCCGCAGAGCGCUCUGCUCACGCACACACACCUCGUCAGCAAGACCGCCGUGGUGCCGCUCGAGAAGCUGCCCGAGAGCGUCACCAGGGAAAAGACCGAGCAGCUGCAAGCGCAUCUCAGUGAGUACAGUCCGCAGAGCGCUCUGCUCACGCACACACACCUCGUCAGCAAGACCGCCGUGGUGCCGCUCGAGAAGCUGCCCGAGAGCGUCACCAGGGAAAAGACCGAGCAGCUGCAAGCGCAUCUCAGCGCCCAACAAACGACACCAACAACCGUGCGACCACUACGAGGUCGAGGGAGUAGAGGUGGCCGCGGCAGCAGGGGUCCGCGGGGCGGGCGCGGGCGCGGCGGCGGGGGCGGCGGCGGGGCGGGGGGCGGCGGCGCGCGCUCGCCCUCCAGCGACGACGCGCUCGCCAAGCUGGUCGGCGUUAAGAUCAGAGAUCUAAGAGAAACUGGUGAAAUGCCGAUGAGACCUAAUCAAGCGGAACGCGAGAAGAAACGACAAGAGCGAGAAGCGAAACAGGCGGAAAAGGAAGCGCGUCGGAUCGAACGCUUACAGAAGAAAGAAGAGAAGGAGAAGCUGAAAGAGCAGAAGGCGAAGGAGCGCGAGGAGAAGCGGCUCGCGCGCCUCGCGCUGCAGGAGAGCCGCCGCAUAAAGCGGGAGAAGCCCGACUACAGCCUGGUGGGGCAGCCCCUCCCCGUGGCAGCCGGGGCACCGCCCCGUCAGCCCCUCCCCCCCGCAGAGUACCGGGACCGCUUCCCCACCACCCCCCGCCUGCAGGUGCGGGCGGAACUGCGAGGCAUUGCUAUGGGCGAUGAUCGUAUGCAGCUGAUGCAACGUCCAGAACAGGCGCCUACGGGCAUGCGGGAAGGAACAUUGUCAGUGGCAGGUUCGCCGCAGCCGUUCAAGCCGGUCGCGGAGGAGCCCAGCAUCAUCACCAGGAUGCCCCACAUGCUCAACCAGCAGUACCGAGGUCCGAUGAUGUACUCUGGCGGGGCGUCGCCCUACGGACCACGUUCCCAGGGCAUGAUGUACCAACUGCAUCCUGGAAUCAACCACCCGCAGAACGUAUCGAGACCUCAGUACCCGCAGGGUUACUACCAGCACAUCCGAGGUAUGCCUCCCAGUUAUCCGGGCCAGAUGCGGCCUGGCCACCCCGCGUCCGGAUCACCUGGGCCCCAUGGACCCCCCAUGGGUCCACCGAGUCUGUCGACACACAGACCACCGGUCUCCAUGCACGGACCACAGGGAGCACCAAUGCAACACACGCCCGGUCACAGACCACAGGGACCGGGAUCUUCGCCACUCCAACAUGGACCUCCUGGGUCGUCACCGCUGCAGCACGGUACUCCUGGACCCUCUCCGCUUCAACAUAUCCCUCCCGGAUCUUCCCCACUACAGCACGGCCCUCCCGGAUCUUCUCCACUACAACUCGGUCCGCCCGGUUCAAUACCACACAGACCGCCCGUAUCGUCUCCUCUUCAGUAUGGAUCUGGUCCAAGCCCACACGGACCACUUGGGCCAGGCCCUCUUCAACACGGCCCACUUGGACCUCAUGGUCCACACGGGCAACCCGGUUCUUCUCCAAUACCAUCGGCAGGAAGUUUACAGCAUGGGCCACCUUCAACGUCUCCUCUUGGCACUGCGGUUUCUUCACACGGUCCGGGUCAAAACCCUCAUGGGCCAAUUCCACCAAAUAUGCAAGGUCCUCGUCCACCGCCUGGUCACAUGCAUCCAAUGGGUCCCCACGGUCCCAUGGGACCAACCAUACACUCAAGUCUUCAAGGCCCUCGUGGACCUCACAGUUCACCAGCUAUAAAUCCUCACGGCGCAGUUUCAGGUUCUCCCGGUCUAAAUGCAAACGGUUCUGUCGGCCCGAGCCCGCACGGUUCAAUUGGACCAAGACUCCAUGGAUCCAGUCAUCUUGGUCCGCCUGGCAUCCAUGGUCCAACCGGACCUAGCCCACACGGUCCACUGGGACCUAGCCACGGUCCAGAAGAAUCUAACCCGCUCAGAUCUGCUCCGCUUCAUGGACCACUUGGGCUCGCUCUCCAAGGUCCGCCAGUUCCGGAAUCCCGCGGUCCCCCUGGGCAUAAUGGGCCAUUAAUAUCUAUGCAAAGACCUGCCUCCCAUGGUUCUCGACCGCCUAGUACUGUUCCUCACGGGAUGCCUCCCAGCUCUAUACCUGGAGGCCAAGUGGCGGGACAAACUCCCGAACAGGUCCAUGAAUCUCGCAUCCCAGCCCCGUCCGUAUCCCCCAAUCGGUCGACACAGUCCACCCCUAACGUGCCUGUGACCACGAGUUCUAGCCCCACGCCUCCAAUACCUGGCGCCAACGAACCCCCCAUACAAAUCAAAGCCGAAGUGAAAACCGAGCCUGAGUAUCGGACUCCACCAACUUCACCCUCCCAACGCCCCCCAUCCCCCGAACCACCACGGAACCACCCGAAGAUUAAGCACACAGAAAACAAGGACAGGAAGCCGAGAUAUCCCCUCGGGCCUUACGCCCCUCAGUACGGACCGUAUGGGCCCUACGCUCCCUCAGCUUCCCAGCCCCAUGACAGUGCGAUGAAUCUCCAAGCGAGACUGCAACACCCGUCACCGUUGCAACGCAUCCACGCGAACAUGUCCCAUUACCUGCCAUCACAUGACGAUGGCAAGCCGGAUCAGCCGAGGCCCCACAUGUCCAGGCCCGAAAGGCCCAUAAUGCAUGACCAAAUUCCGCAUUACCUUCAACACAUGCGACCUCAGAUGAGACCGCCGUACGGCAUGCCCAUGAUCCGGCAUCCGCAACCGGGUCGGUCGAGUCCGGGCAACUUGACAUACCAGUACCCAGAUAUGCAGAGAGGCGAGAUGGAGAAGCACGUAGUUCCUAACACUCCGCCGCAAGCACUCCCUCGAGAGUUGACCGUGAAAUCGCCAGAUAAACAAAAGGACCGUGAAUCGCCGAAACCAGAUGAUAAAGAAGAAAGUGAAAUGGAUCAACCCUCUCCACCGGAACAUAAACCACAACCGUUUCUGAGUAUAGAUGGUAGUGUAAAUAAAAGUGAGCCUCAGAAACCGUUAGACCACAUAAAAGUGGAAGAGGGAGUGAACGAGCCUCCGCGCGAGGAGGGUAGUGUGUUCGGAGGUCUCGUGAGCUACUUCUCCAGCCAACGGGAGGACGAUUUAGACGCGUAA